CACCGCCUUUCUUUUCUCUUUCCUUUUAGAUUUAAAUUCCAUUCUUGGAAGCUUGCUUUGCUCUCCUCCCUCUGCUCCGCAUCCAUGAUGUGAGACCGACCUUAUAAGAACCCUAGCUAUUUUCUUCCUUGCUUUCUGUGAAGGCGGUGCAGGAGCGAAACCCUUGCCGGAUCCGGCGACACAAUGGGCAACUGCUGCCGUUCGCCGGCGGCCGUCGCCCGAGAGGACGUCAGCACCCACUUCCACCACGAGCUCUCCGCCGGCAAGAACAAUCUCCACCGCGGCGGCGGUGGGGGGACCGCCGCCGGCCACUCCAAGCGGCUGACCGUCCUCAGCCGCGACGUGAGGUCGGCCGGCGGGAUCGAGGAGAAGUAUGUACUCGAUCGUGAGCUUGGCCGCGGCGAGUUCGGCGUCACCUACCUCUGCAUGGACCGGGACACCAGGGAGCUGCUCGCGUGCAAGACGAUCUCGAAGCGCAAGCUCCGGACGGCGGUGGACGUCGAGGACGUGCGGCGGGAGGUGGCCAUCAUGCGCCACCUCCCUCGGAGCCCCAGCAUUGUGACCCUGCGCGAGGCGCGGGAGGACGACGGCGCCGUUCACCUGGUGAUGGAGCUCUGUGAGGGGGGGGAGCUCUUCGAUCGGAUCGUGGCGAGGGGGCACUAUACGGAAAGGGCGGCCGCGGCCGUGACCAGGACGAUCGUCGAGGUCGUGCAGCUCUGUCACCUGCACGGCGUGAUCCAUCGCGACCUCAAGCCGGAGAACUUUCUCUUUGCUAGCAAGAAGGAGAAUUCGCCCUUGAAGGCCAUCGAUUUUGGGCUGUCCAUCUUCUUUAAACCCGGUGAAAGUUUUUCUGAGAUUGUUGGUAGUCCAUAUUACAUGGCACCUGAAGUUCUAAAGCGGAAUUAUGGACCAGAAAUAGAUAUAUGGAGUGCUGGAGUUAUUCUCUAUAUUCUAUUAUGUGGGGUUCCCCCAUUUUGGGCAGAAACUGAACAGGGAGUUGCCCAAGCUAUUCUGCGGGGGCUUAUCGAUUUCAAACGUGAACCAUGGCCAAGUGUUUCAGAAAAUGCGAAGAAUCUUGUUCGGCAAAUGUUGGAACAUGACCCAAAGCUUAGGCUAACUGCAAAGCAAGUGCUUGAACAUCCUUGGCUUCAAGAUGCUAAAAAAGCUCCAAAUGUACCUCUAGGGGAUGUGGUUAAGUCGAGGCUCAAACAAUUUUCAAGGAUGAAUCGUUUCAAGAGGAGAGCUUUAAGGGUUAUCGCUGAUCAUUUAUCCACUGAAGAAGUUGAAGAUAUAAAAGAGCUUUUUAAGAUGAUGGAUGUUGACAAUGAUGGUAUUGUUUCAUAUGAGGAACUCAAAACUGGGCUUGCAAAAUCCAGUUCCCAUCUUGUGGAGUCUGAAGUGCAGAUGCUAAUUGAAGCUGUGGAUGCCACUGGUAAAGGAACCCUAGACUAUGGAGAGUUUGUUGCGGUAUCUAUUCAUUUACAAAGGAUGGCUAAUGACGAGCAUCUCAGAAGAGCCUUCUCAUAUUUUGAUAAGGAUGAGAAUGGGUAUAUCGAGCCAGAGGAGCUUCAGGAGGCAUUGGCGGAAGAUGGAGCUGCUGACAGCAUUGAUGUGGCGAAUGAUAUUUUACAAGAAGUUGACACUGACAAGGACGGACGAAUUAGCUAUGAUGAAUUCGUGGCAAUGAUGAAAACUGGAACAGACUGGAGAAAGGCUUCACGCCACUACUCGAGAGGGAGGUUCAAUAGUCUGAGCAUCAGACUAAUGAAGGACGGGUCUCUAAACUUGGGCAAUGAGUAAAUUACGUUUCCGAGGUCUUAUCCAUUUGUUGAGAAUUGGUCCCUUCCUUUUCGGCGGAAGUCCUCUAGUUAGGUCAACCAACCACUCUUGAUUGGCUUACCAUGUAAUUAGUUCUUUGACCCUCGUGAUGGGUACCCGACUCUUGCAUUGGAUUUGAUGUGUUGUACAAUAGUGCAUAUGUUGUAAUCUUAAAUUGCACUUUUUAUUUGAGCAUGAUGACUGUUGCUUUGAA